AUGGGUGGAAAAUUAGGUAAAAAAAAAACUAAAUUUCCACCGUCCGAUGAUCCUUUCUACCAAAUGGGACCUCCAGGUGCCUAUGGUGCGCCACCUCCAUAUCCUUAUCCUCCACGUUAUGGGCCAGGUGGUCGCUAUGGUGAUGAUCCUUAUGAUGCAUAUGGAUAUGGUCCCAAAUAUCCACCAACAGAUUCCUUUGACGAUUUAUAUGGUGGACCAAUGCAAGGACGAGGUUGUUUGGGUGGUCCAUUUGGUCGGGGUAUGUCUCCUUGGAAUUAUGGUAAUUAUUAUAUGGGCAAUACUUCAUUGCAAAUGAUACCAUUUAUGCAAAAAACAUUAUCUAAAAUUUCACAAUUGCAAGCAAUUCUUGGAAUGGGUGGUGGAAUGAUGCCUUGUCUUCCAUCAUCAUGUUGUAUGCCUUGUCCUCCAUCAUCAUGUUGUAUGCCUAUGUGUCCUCCAUCAUCAUGUUGUAUGCCUAUGUGUUCUCCAAUGAUAGCAGCUGCUACUCCAUUACCUAUAACAUGUAAUCCACUUAUUCAAUCUAUGUGUCCAAUGCCACCAACAAAUUGUUGUAAUUGGAUGAGUCCAUCAUCAUUCAUGUCAGCAUUAUCAUCAGGUCCUAUGGCUUGUCGACCACCAGCAUCAUUUCAAUUUCCAAGUAAUGUUGGUAUGGUAAUGCCACUUCCUUGGGGUACACCAAAUCCUUUACUUACACCAUCAUCAUUUGGUGGUUUUUCUCCACAAUAUAAUGGCAAUGGUGGAUUAUCAUGUUGUUGUUAUUAUUGUAUACCACCACCACCUCCACCUCCGCCUCCAAUUACUUAUUAUCCACGUCCAGUAUGUGUUCCACAACCAUAUCCAGUUCCAUGUCCAGCUCCAGUACCAAUUCCUAAUGUUCAACAAAUACCAGUUCCACGAUGUGUAUCUGUUGUUGCACCACCUAUAGUAGCUGAUUGUAAUCCAUGUUGUCCUGUACCAACUGGAGCUCCAUUAAUACCAUCACAAGGUGUUGUAACACUAGGUACACUUGGUCAAUCAUUAGUUAUGAGAUCAAAUACAAUCUCAACUGAUCAAAGAUUAUUUAAUGAUGAAACGCGUCGAAAACCUAUUCGUAAAACUUUUGAUCAAUCUCGUCGUGCAAAAGCUGAACGAAUUGCUGCUAGUUUAUCUAAUCUUGGAUUAGGUAAUACUAUAUUAGAUAGAAAUAAUAGUUUAAAUGAAUUUAAAUAUCGAAUUAAAUCAACUCGUAAUGUUCCUAUUCGUUCACGUAAAGAUUUUUCUUUAGUUUCAAAAUCAAAUGAUGAAUAUAUAUCGGAUUCAAAUUUAACAACAUUAGAUACAUUAUUUUCUUUAUCAAAUAAAUCAAAACAAAAACAAUAUAAUAAAUCUAAACAUUAUUCUCAUUCAAAUCGUCAUAGAAAUUGA